AUGCAGACGCAGGCGUUUCGCGCACACGAGCACACGGACGCGCACAAAGCGGCUGUUGACCGGCAGCUGAAGAUUGCGAGAGGCAUCCACGAGGGGCAGCAAGUGAUUUCGAACUUCAUCAACUCGGACGUCGAGGGCAGGCGCGCCGUCCGUCUGUUGCGGUCGGUUGUGUUUCUGUGCAAGUGCGACGCGCCGAUAAAUUGCAGGGAGGCGCUGGCUGUUAAGGACGCGGCGACGUCCAACCCCGACCUCGGCAUGGUGGACAAGGUGGUGCGCACCGUGGCGGCAAAAUUAGGAGAUUCUUCAGUCUGGAGCCAACGGUUCAAGUACCUGCAGCGUGUGAUCUACAACACUAACCUCGAAGUCCAGGGGAUCCACACGGUUCGCUGGCUCUCACGUGGAGAUGCGGUGCGACGGCUGUGCAAGGUGCUCGGUGCGUGUAUCGUUCUUCUCUGGGAGCGGAGUCACAAGGUGUACGAGAUCGUCACGUGCUACAAGUUCCAGUUUUGCCUGUUCUUCCUCGCCGACAUGAACGACCUCAACCGCUGUUUCCAGAAGCGAGAUAUUGAUGUGACGAAGAUUGCGAAGACCAUCGAGGCCACCAUGGCGGAUCUGACUGAGCGGUAUUUGGAUACCGACAAGCAGUUCGGUGGCGAGGGCAAGUGCUGGUUGGUCGGCUUUCUGAAGCUGCACGGGCAUGGUGGAGGCAAGAAGGUCCGUGUGAGAGGCGUGGACGGGGAGGGACGCCCAGUGAACCAUCUGUACACCAUGCACGAGCGGAAGCUCCCGGGGCACAAGGUGGGGAGCGGAUACGAGGAGUGCGUGAAGCUGUGCCGCAGUUUCGCCCGCGAUUGCGUGGACAAUCUCAACGAGCGGCUUGAUGACCUGGGGAAACUGGGGCCGACGAAGCUGUUUCGGGCCGGAAAGUGGCCGAAGAUCAAGGCACAACGGGAGAAGAAGUGCCGUGAGUGGCUUCUGGGAUGCAGCAAACUCUUCCGCCACAAGCUGCCGGGAUUCGACCUCAAGGCUGCAGAGAGGGAGCUUCCCACAUUCUGUGCGAUCAUGGAGGCGCACCACGAGCUGGAAAGCUUCACGCAGGGACUGACCAACAUUCUCGGGAGUGCGGACUCGAAGAGGUCUAUGAGGAGGAGGCGCCCCGCAAAGAGCGUGAAGCUUGCUGUGGCUGAUCGCGAAAGGAGGGGGAAAGCAAAGGAGGGUGAAGUCAAAGCAGGAGCUGCCCACCAGAACGAUGGGGAGGAGGACGAGGAGGAGGAGGUGGAUGUGGAACAGACCCUGGGCCUGGGCGACGAUCAAGAGCUUGUGGGGGAGGAGGAGGAGGAGGACAAUCCCUUCCUUUCGGACGAUGAGGAUGUGGAGGAAGUGUUCCACAUCGAUAGGCCUGUGCACUAG